UGUGCGUGUAAACGGCUGUGCUGUGGCUACUCCACGCUACUUUUUAUUCCCAGGAUGCAGAAUAGUAAUAAAUCCUCCUCUGCUAGGAAAGGCUGUGAUCAUAAUAAAGACGUCACCCUCCUGCUCGGGUUGGCUCAACCAAGCCAAGUGCGCAGCUAUUUGUAAGCGACAACAACAACAACCUCCAGCACCAUGCCCAUGGAUAACGUAGGGAUUUCUCAGAGAUUCCCUCGCCGUGCGGAGACGAUAUCUGCGUCAGAUCCAUAGCAAAGGCAGCCUUUAAUUGCUCCGGAUCGCUCUACUAUUGAAAAACACACAAGGACUUGGUCGCGUUGUGGGCUCCUGUAGCAACAAAUAAGACGCAAGACGUGGAUUUGAAGAGUCAUGGAGGAAACAGCUGCUGCAGCCCCAGCCCCUGGCACGGGUGCUGCCCCACCAACCCUAAGACCUCAGCUUUCCUUUGCACCCUCCCAGAGCCUGCUAGAGUGGAGAAGAAGGGUCAAGUCUGAGUAUAUGCGCCUUCGCCAAUUAAAACGCCUUAAAAAAGCAGAGGCGGUGAAGACCCUGUACAUGUCCAACAGGCAAAAGAUUGAGCAGCAGACAAAUGUCCUGAAUGCAGAGUGGUCCAAGCUCAGGAUUCAGUCCAUCCCUCUAUCAACUUCUAGUGGAGCUCUUGCCAGCAAGAAGAUGUGUACAGUGGAGUUUGGCUUCCCAGCAUUUAAAGCUCAAGCCAUUGCCAUGAGACCACUGUCAACAGUGGCAGGAAUCCCUUUCAUGUACUCCUGGUCACCUCUGCAGCACAACUUCAUGGUGGAGGAUGAGACGUUCCUUCACAACAUCCCGUACAUGGGCGACGAGGUGCUGGAACAGGAUGAGGCCUUCUUGGAGGAACUAAUUGACAACUACGAUGGUGUUCAUGGUGACAGAGAGGGGGGGUUUAUCAGUGAUGAGAUCUUUAAAGAGCUGGUGGAGGCCUUGAGCCAGUACUCUGACCACGAGGAGGAGGAAGAGGAGGAAGCGGCGGCUGCAGUGGAGGUGAUGGGAAAGAAGGAGGACGAGAGAGUGAUGAGGAGUAGCUCAGUGGAGGGUUCAGAAGAUGCAAAACCUGGUGCAGUGGCAUUCAUCAGGAGGAAGAGGAGGAGCACUACUGAGGUGAGGGACCUGUCCGGCAGCAAGAAGGUCCCCAGCGAUAAGAUAUUUACAGCCAUCGCCUCAAUGUUCCCUUACAAGGGCACCAUGGAGGAGCUGAAGGAAAAGUACAAGGACCUCUUGGAGCCCCCUAGCCCAGUGAAGCUGCCCCCCCUCUGCACCCCCAACCUGGAUGGGCCUUUUGCCAAGUCUGUGCAGCGGGAGCAGUCGUUACACUCCUUCCACACGCUCUUCUGCAGACGUUGCUUCAAAUAUGACUGCUUCCUCCACCCUUUCCAUGCUACACCUAAUGUUUACAAGAGGAAAAGUAAGGAGAUCCGGAUGGAGACCGAACCAUGUGGUGUAGACUGCUUCUUGUUACAGAAAGGGGCUAAAGAGUUCGUGAAUCAGAAUAUGUUACGAUCACAGAGGUCUCGAAGGCGCCGAAGGCAGCAGCGUCCCACCAGCUCCAGUUGUCCUGGACCAUCUGGGUCUGCUGAGGAAGGCAAAGAGGGCGACAGUGAUCAUGAAACCACUUCAUCCUCAGAGGGGAAUUCACGGUGCCAGACUCCCACCAAGCUGCGUCCAGGGGAUGAUGACGGGGAGCAGCAGGCGUGCUGUGUGGUCCAGUGGAGCGGGGCCGAGGAGUCACUGUUCAGGGUGCUACACGGCACAUAUUUCAACAACUUCUGCUCCAUCGCUCGCCUCAUCGGUACAAAGAACUGCAAGGAGGUGUAUGAGUUUGCAGUGAAGGAGGCCCUGAUCCAUCGUGUGCCUUUGGUUGAUGGAGGCAUCUCGCCCCAAAAGAAAAAAAGGAAACACAGGUUAUGGGCAAAGAUUCAGCUAAAGAAAGAUAACUCAUCCAAUCAGGUGUUUAACUACCAGCCAUGUGAUCACCCCGACCAUCCAUGCGACAGCUCCUGCCCAUGUGUGAUGACCCAGAAUUUCUGUGAGAAGUUCUGCCAGUGCCAGCAGGAGUGCCCAAACCGCUUCCCAGGCUGCAGAUGUAAGACACAGUGCAACACUAAACAGUGUCCCUGCUACCUGGCUGUGAGAGAGUGUGACCCAGAUCUGUGCAUGACCUGUGGCACUGCAGACCACUGGGACAGCAAAGGGGUCUCCUGCAAGAACUGCAGCAUCCAAAGAGGCCUAAAAAAGCACCUGCUUUUGGCUCCAUCAGAUGUCGCCGGAUGGGGCACCUUCAUCAAAGAGUCAGUUCAGAAGAAUGAGUUCAUUUCUGAAUAUUGCGGAGAGCUGAUCUCCCAAGAUGAGGCAGACCGACGUGGAAGGAUCUAUGACAAAUACAUGUCUAGCUUCCUUUUCAACUUAAACAAUGACUUUGUUGUGGAUGCCACGCGAAAGGGAAACAAAAUCCGCUUUGCAAAUCAUUCAGUUAAUCCCAACUGCUACGCAAAAGUGGUAAUGGUGAAUGGAGACCACCGGAUUGGAAUCUUUGCCAAACGAGCUAUCUUGAAAGGAGAGGAGCUCUUCUUUGACUACAGAUACAGCCAAGCCGAUGCCCUCAAAUAUGUGGGGAUAGAGAGGGAGGUAGACUGUACUUAGCUGCUCCUGCUGCCUACCUCCAUAACCUGUCCCUAACUCCUCAGCCACCCACUAAUGCUUCUGCCCCUCCCUGCAGCGUCACAUCUAGCUGACAUGUUUGUAUGAACAGUCACUGCCUCUGCCGUCUCUGCUGCACUUCCCAAAAUAGAAAGUCCCUCCCUACUGUUUGCUGGUGCUCCUGCUCUGCAGACACCAUACCACAUCCCUCAUUGACAGCCAUCAGCUCUCCCCUCAUCUGUCCAAAUCCAACCACCCACCUGCAAGACUGUAUACCCCAAGCUUAUUAAACUAAACUAAUUAAAGAGAAAAUACUAUUAAUCCGUACCGCUUACUGUACCAAGAGGAUCACAUGGUUGUUUUUUUCUUCCAUUUUGUCAAAGCAAAGGGGCCGUGAUUAACCAUCAUACUGUGUGUUACUCUCUCAGCAGUUAUGUUACUGUACUUAUAGACUGGCUUUUGUUUGACCUCUCAAUACGUAUUGCAAGUUAUUACAUUGUACCUAAUGAUGAUCAGUGAAAUGCAUGUGCUGUCUCUUAGAUAAACAAACCAUUAAACAUGUUAGACACAGCAUUCGCUUCAGUCAAAUGCUGCUCUGUGCAUUCACUUAGUAUUGUAGUGUGAUGUUACCCAGAAGAACUUCUGAAGAACAGGCAGGUUUAACAGCUUACAGGUAUGACAGGUAUGUUCUAUAAACCUUUUCAGCAGCUAGCACCACCACUACAUCUUUAUGGUGAAAUAAGUUAUUGUGCAUUUAUAUGUUCUGCAAAAAUAGGCAACCAGACAAGAAUCCGACUGAGUGAAUGUAACCUGUAGAUGAUGGUGAAGAGAUCUCAUCCCUCUUUUCAUUUUACACAUUAGCCCAUUCUAUUGGUACUCUGAACAUGCACAUCAAACAUUUGUCAUCACGUUUACAUGGUCUUGAGGCCUUCACACUUUGUGAGGGAAAUCAUUCAAUAAAUUAACUAGUCACACAGUAAAUGUCUUCCUUCAUAUAAACAUAUAAGUGCCAAAUGAUUCCACACUGAAAAAGGCUGAAACAAGGUGGAUGUGUUGCAUAAUUAUCAGAGGUGUGUUAAAGGUAGCCUUUGCAAGGUUAUGCCCAUGGGAAAAGCAAAAUCAUCAGUGUUUGACCAAAUAUUAAAUGUCCCCCACAUGUGAAUGUAAAAUAUCAUUUAUCAUCUUUUGUUUAAAUGUCCAGAUUUGUUAUUCACUCUGUUUUUCAUUUAUAAAACAUUAAAGCCCACUUUGAAAUGA